GCCCCUCCGUACACCAUAAUCCAAACAUAGCCAUGCUGUUGGGAAGAAGUUUGCCAAAGUUCUAGAAUCGUCUCUUCAUCAUCCGAUAUUAUUAGUUUUUAUUUUUUUAUUUAAUAAUAACAAUUUCUUCGCUAGUCUUCUACUAGCUGAGCUAGGGUUUUUAUCUUCAAAACCAGAAGCCAUUUGAGUCCCAUUGGGAACCUCGACUCUCUCUUCCUCCGGAGCAUCAAAUUACUCAUCUUUAUCGUCAAGCUCACAUCCCAUUCUUCUCCUUUCAAAGGAAUGGCGGCGACUCAGCUUACUGCACCAUCAAUAUCAGCAAGGGCCCUGCCCUCCUUUGAAGGGCUUAAGUCUUCAACCGUGAAGUUUGCUUCAGUGGGUCCACUUAAGACAGGGUCACUGACCGGGAGAACGUUCAGAGGCCUAGUUGUGAAAGCAGUCACUGUGGUUGCUCCCAAGUAUGCUUCAAUUAAGCCCCUGGGUGAUAGGGUUCUGGUAAAGAUCAAAACUGUGGAGGAGAAGACACAGGGUGGUAUAUUGCUCCCAACAACUGCUCAGACGAAGCCUCAAGGAGGAGAAGUUGUCGCCACCGGAGAGGGCAAGAAGUUAGGGAACACGAAACUAGACAUCAGUGUGAAGACUGGAACCCAGGUCAUAUAUUCCAAGUAUGCAGGGACUGAGUUGGAAUUCAAUGGUUCAAAUCAUCUUCUCUUAAAGGAGGAUGAUAUUCUUGGUACUCUAGAGACUGAUGAUAUUAAGGAUCUCAAGCCCCUCAAUGACAGGGUUCUAAUUAAGGUUGCUGCGGCGGAGGAGAAGACUGCUGGAGGGUUGUUGCUUACUGAAGCAAGCAAGGAGAAACCUUCUAUUGGCACGAUUAUUGCAGUCGGUCCAGGCCCUCUCGAUGAAGAAGGGAAAAGGACGCCCCUAUCGGUGUCCUCAGGCAACUCUGUGAUGUAUUCGAAGUAUGCAGGUAGUGAGUUAAAGGGAAGUGAUGGUUCUGACUAUAUUGUGCUGAGGGCUUCUGAUGUAAUUGCUGUGCUCUCCUAGUUGGUUGGUUUUGUCUACAACUAUUGCUCGAAUUGAUGUUGUGCAUGUACCGAGAAAAUUUUUGAAACCGGCCUUUGAUCCAUUUCAAUAUUGGUGAUAUAUUGUAGAACAGAUUGGAGCAUUGAGACAAUUCCAUGGAUUAUAAAUGGAACUUAAAAUAAGAUUGGAGCAUUCAGACUA